AGAUGGCGGAAGCGGCGGAGUCUCCGGGUGACCGGGGGAGAGCAUCGCCCAGGCCCCUGGUGAGCUUGGGAUCUGCGAAGAGGGACCGAGGUUUGCAGGCCUUUCAGAUAUAUCCAUCUCACAAGACAUCCCCGUAGAAGGAGAAAUCACCAUUCCUAUGAGAUCUCGCAUUCGGGAAUUUGACAGCUCUACAUUAAAUGAGUCUGUUCAGAAUACCAUUAUGCGUGAUCUAAAAGCUGUUGGGAAAAAAUUCGUGCAUGUUUUGUACCCAAGGAAAAGUAAUACUCUUUUGAGAGAUUGGGAUUUGUGGGGCCCUUUGAUCCUUUGUGUGACACUUGCAUUAAUGCUGCAAAGAGGCUCUGCAGAUAGUGAAAAAGAUGGAGGGCCCCAGUUUGCAGAAGUGUUUGUCAUUGUCUGGUUUGGUGCAGUUACUAUCACCCUCAACUCAAAACUUCUUGGAGGAAAUAUAUCUUUUUUUCAGAGCCUCUGUGUGCUGGGUUACUGUAUACUUCCCUUGACAGUGGCAAUGCUGGUUUGCCGGCUGGUACUUUUGGCUGAGCCAGGACCCAUAAACUUCAUGGUUCGGCUUUUUGUGGUGAUCGUGAUGUUUGCCUGGUCUAUAGCUGCCUCUACAGCUUUUCUUGCUGAUAGCCAGCCUCCAAACCGUAAGGCCCUUGCCGUUUAUCCUGUUUUCCUGUUCUAUUUUGUCAUCAGUUGGAUGAUUCUCACAUUUACUCCUCAGUAAAUGAAGAAAUGGAAAUUAAAAACCAGUGAAUUGAAAACUCAUCUGAAAGAUGCAAUUCACCAUGGAGCUUUGUCUCUGGUCCUCUUUUGUCUAAUUAUGGAGGUAUUUGGUAACUGGGUAGAUGAGGAGAAUAAAAGGGAGCCGUACAGCACUGUUGCCACUUAUGUAAGGAGCUGAUAUUUGAAAGGCUGUCCUUUUCCGCUUAAUGUUAUUAUUAUUUUUUUAAAUACAUGUGCAUACUACACACAGUAUAAUGCCUCCUUAAGGCAUGAUGGAGUCACUGUGGUCUAUUUGGGUGACAACCAGUGACUGAGAAAGCACAUGGAUACAUCCUCCAAGUUGAAUGGAAUUGGUAACUAUUUUCAGUUUUGAGAAUACCAAUUCAGGUGCAGCUCUUAAACACAUUGCCUUAUGACUAUUAGAAUAUGCCUCACUUUCAUAAAUAAGAAUGGAUAGUCCAUCUAUUUUCUUUUACUUCUCUUAAGCUCAAAAAGGCAAUGACAGGUUAAGAGGGGAGGCUCAUAGAUGUGAGAGGAUAAAAUGUGCAUUAACCAAUAUUCAGAUUUUGAUCAGAGGAAAUUCUACACUUGUUGCUUUAAAAAAAAAAAAAAAAAAAGCAAA